AUGAUACAAAUUCAAAUUAAAAAGGUUGUAAGAAGAUCGAUUGUCGAAUUUUACAAAUUUAUUUAUGAUUAUUCUGAUUUAUCAUACAAAUCAACAUGUUCGCAACAAUAUAUAUUGGCUUUGAAUUAAUAAUAUAUGUAUUUUGAGGAAUAAGAAAUAAAAAAUGAAGGGUUGUUCGAGAAUAUAAUUAAAUAAUACAUAUUUAUAUUGAAUGAUAAUCAAGAUUAAUUGGAGUUUGUAUUACUACAUUUGGAUGAGCUUUUAUUAAAGGUGUUGGAGAGAAACCGAUAUCAUUAUUUUAUUGAGAAUUCCACUAUUUUGAUAGAUCUAUUAGAUAUCAUAACUAGAAGAUUACCAGAUUUAGAUGUCUCCCAAUUAUAAUAUAAAUAUUAAUUUGAACUGCAAAAGCUAUAGUCAAUAACGACUUUACUUUGCGCCUUGUUUCAAUACUGUUUAAAGUAGGAUGAAAGAAUAGAAGUAUAUUAAUAUGGAGUGGGCAUCUUAAAGAAGAAUGUUGUGAUGGCAAAGCUGUUGUAGUAGCAAUUCAAUUUGUUGUUACCAAUAAUCUAUAAGGAUUUAGCAAGUCAGGGAGAUUAGAUAAAUUUAAGCACAAUUUAGUUUUUGAUUGAAUUUUAAAAUAGUUUAAAGAGCAGCAAUUUGUUUGAUUAGCUAUUGAAGGAUCAGUUAUUUUCAAACUUAAUAAGUGUGUUGGAUAGAAAAUCUCCAUAGUUUAGAGAGGAGUUCUUGAAAUUUUUGGGGAUGGUGAAGGAGAAUAAGGAGGUUUGUUAUUUGAUGAAAGAGACGAAGAUUUAUGAGGAGGAGAGAUAAAGAUUGAAGAGUUUAAAAGUAAAUAAAGAGUUAUAGAUGAUUAUAAAAUAAUUGAUAUAAUGA